AUGAAUGCUAGCAAGUCACACUCUUCUCUCGUCACGACACAGAUCAAGAGAGGACUGCGGCUGAAGAGACCCAACCUGCAAGAAGCACAGGGGCCGCCUGGCAAGAGUCAGCCCAGCCAGCAUCAAGUGGAGGCUGCUAAAGACAAAUUGAUAUGUGGCCCCAUGCUUGUCAUUCAAAGGGACGAGAUGACUGCAUUCUUCAGACUUUUUGAUGAUGAUUUGAUUCAAGACUUUUUGUGGAUGGACUGUUGUUGUAAAGUUACAGACAAGUACCUUCUAGCCAUGACGUUUGUCUACUUCAAGAGGGCUCGCUUCAGUAUUGGCGAACACAACAGAUCAAACUUUUUCAUUGCACUAUACCUGGCCAACACCAUGGAGGAGGACGAAGAAGAAAGCAAGUAUGAGAUCUUCCCGUGGGCACUUGGCAAGAGCUGGAGGAAGCAUUUCCCUCGCUUCCUCAAGCAGCGCGACAAGCUCUGGGCGCGCAUCGAGUAUCGGGCUGCUGUCAGCUGUCGCUGCUGUGAGGAGGUGAUGGCCAUCGUACCCACCCACUUCAUUUGGCAGCGGGAACGUGCCGAGCACCACAGCGGCGCUCAGCGUCUCUACAUUGACGAUCGAGAGAAAGUGCACAUGCCCCGUGGGCCACCUGCUUCCCCUGCCCAUUGUGCCCUCUGCGCCCAGAGCUCUGUCCUGGAUCUGUCCCCCUCUGCUUCCAGAUCCUCCUUGUCCCUGACCCCCCCCUCUCCACAGUUCCACUUCUCUACAGCGCUUUCGCUGGAAACCACUCCACCCAGGGCCCCGCCAUCAUCCUUCCACAAGCCUGGCCAAAGAAAGACUCAGACCAAGGAACAGCGCCCCUGCUGCUGCGCAAUGGAAGCCCCAAGAAAAGAGUUGGACUGUGGACCUGGACACGACCCAUCCAUGGACUGGAUCAACAAGGAUUAGAUUAGUACUCCAAAGAACCAACUCCGAACCAGAUUUCCUGUCCCUGACCUUGUGAUACACAGUCUGUGUGCUAACCUUUCUUUCCAUUAAGCAUGUUGUGUUUUCAUAACAUCUAUAGAAUGUGAAUGGAUUUCUCUACCUCUAUUAAGGGAUUUCAAAAACAAACAGCAUCCACAGUAAAUUGUUAAUUUGAGGAUUAGCGUAACUCAGCUUGUAGAAUUAUAAUUUGUAUGCAACACUUCAGUUUUGCAUCACUGUCAUGUCUCAUUUCACACAGUAGGAAACGUCUGGUAACUGUCCUGACAUUUACAUCGUCUCAUUUACAUUUGUUACCCCAUUUACUUAACAGUACAUACAAAAAGUUCUUACAAACCUGUCCCAGUCAAAAAAAUAAUAAUCCUUUGUGUGUUUGAUUUAUCACAUUGUUAAAAAUGUAUUCAUAUAUGUAUUCGUUGAAGCACUUACAAGGUCUUGCACAGUUAACGGUGGGCACUUUCGUUAAAUAUUUGAAAGGUUGACUUAUUCCUUAACAGUAAAUCAGCUGGAUGGAUACCCACAACAUUUUAUUUAU